CAUAAAGCCACUAUUUAUAACGAUUACAUUUAAGUGAGAUAUAGUUAUUUGAUAUUUUCGAUUCGAUGGAAAUGUUGUGGGGAAUAUUUUUUGCUAUUAGUUUUUAUUUGUUGGGUACAAUAAAAGCCCAGACUACAUCUGGAGUGUUAAACGGACAGUAUUACCUAUGUCUUCCAACAGGAACAACUUGUCCUACAAGUGGCAGCGGUACUAUAGACCCUAGAAUUGUAACACCUACAGGAACAGUAGCUGCCACUUGUCCUGCUGGAACUACACCAUGCUUUGGUACAAAUACAGCUUGCGGAACUAGAUUUAUUACGCCGAAUAUGACUGGUAACGGAGCUGCCAGCUAUGGAGCAUAUCCGUGGCAGGCGUAUCUUAGGAAUACGACCAAUGCAUUUGCGGGCAGUGGUGUUCUUGUAAGCCCUUACUAUGUAAUAACUGCUGCACACAAAGUCUACUUAAAUGUAAAUACUCCAACGGCGGUGACAGUACUAAUGGGUGUAUAUAAUCCGGCAAGUCUCGUCAAUGUGCAAAGUAGUACAGUCGCAAGAAUUGUUGUUCAUCCACAAUUCGUAGCUGCUACCUUAAUUAAUGAUAUAGCAGUAUUGCAGUUAACGCAGCCAAUUGUAUUAGGCAUAUAUGCUAAUAUUAACACUGCUUGCUUACCGGCAGCUGGAACGUCUUAUGUAGGACAAUCAUGUGUUGUUAGCGGAUGGGGUCAAACAGCUUUUACUACUUUUGAUGCCCCUACUAACCCACAGAAACAAGCAUUUGUAACUAUUACUAACUACGCUACCUGCAGGGCCUCCUAUGCUGCAGCAAAUUUAUUGGGUACUAAUGUAGAUACCUAUUUGGAUCAAAACGGAGAAAUUUGUGCAGGAGGUGUAAGCAUGCUGGACGCUUGCACGCAAGAUGGUGGAUCCCCACUUGUAUGUCCCAGUACAACAGGAGUUUACAGUAUAGCUGGAUUAGUAAUAUGGGGCAAAAAUUGUGGACAGCCUGGAGUAUAUGGAGUAUAUGUUAGUGUUCCUUUUUAUGCGACAUGGAUUCAGGGACAAAUGACGACAACAGCUGGUUAAUUUUACUUUUCUCGUUUGUUAUUGAUUUAAGUUAUUUGUUAAUUAUAUAGUUAUUAAAUGAGAACUGAA